UGGAGCUCCUUCAGAUCAAUGCCGCUUCUCUUGUCUCUAAGUGUACAUGGCUGCCCAAAUUGGGGCCCGCGACCGAUUAAAUUUGGCCCGUGCCUUCUCGCACUGUCCCACCAUAAACGAUCGGAAGCUCUCGUUGAAAAUUAUUUAUUGGCGCACUACCAAAUAAUGCCAUAGGAUGGCGCUGUUGAGCUCCAGUCAGCUCCUAGCUACCCGAUAACGCCCAAGACCAGUGAGUGAGAGGAUUCAAGGAUGGAGCGUAGUAGGCUGUGGCACACAGACAAACGAAAAUUAAAAAAAACUUGGGAACAGGACUAUUUUUUUACCGAGGUAGAUUCCAAUGCAGUGUGUCUGGUAUGUAAGCAGAGGGUCGCUGUUUCAAAGGAAUACAACAUUCGCCGUCACUAUCUAACUAAGCAUGCGGCUGAGUUCGCAAAGUACACUGGAGAACAUUGCAAGGUCAAGUUAGCAGACUUGCUAACAAAGCUAACCACCCAGCAGCGAACUCUACUUCAGCCGUCGACUGCACAAGAAAAUGCCACUCGGGCUAGUUAUCGCAUUAGCAAUGCAAUCGUGAGAAGUGGGAGAGCUUUUGCAGCGGGUGAUUUCGUCAAGGAGUGUUUGACAAUUGCUGCCCAAGAUGUGUGUCCAAAUCAGAUGCGUGUGUUUUCUCAAAUUAGCCUGUCACGGAACACUGUCACCCGCCGCGUUGAGGACAUGGCCGAAGACGUUCGAGGUCAGAUAGCCCAAAGAGCAAGUCACUUUUCUGCCUUCUCCAUUGCGUGCGAUGAAAGCACCGACAUGUCCGACUCAGCACAGUUGCUGGUGUUUUUGCGAGGCGUCAAUGAGGACUUUGAAGUGUGUCAAGAACUAGCGGGCCUUGAAACAUUGAAAGGGACAACAAAAGGUGUGGAUAUUUUUAUGGCAGUGGAGCGAGUUCUGGACAAGAACGGUUUGAACUGGGAAACCCUAUCUGGCAUCAUGACUGAUGGAGCCCCCGCCAUGGUCGGUAAGCGAGCAGGGCUAACUGCACUUGUGUCGGACAAGGUCUCCGAGUUUGGUGGCUCGAUUUUAAAGUACCAUUGUAUUUUGCAUCAGGAGCAACUGUGCGCUAAAAACAUGGGCUUGAAAAACGUCAUGCAGGAUGUCGUCGCCAUUGUCAACAAUAUUCGCUCAAAGGCCCUCUCACACCGUCAAUUCAAAGCUCUGCUUGAUGAGAUGGAUGCCCAGUAUGGUGAUGUAUUGUACCAUCAGGAGGUGCGGUGGUUGAGCCGUGGGAAAGUUUUGCGGGGUUUCUUUGAUCUGCGCGAGGAAAUAAGAGAGUUUCAAGCCAUGAAGACGAACAACAUCCAAGUGCCCACGGACAGUCACUGGCUUGCAGACCUGGCUUUUCUUGUGGACAUCACAGAGCUGCUGAAUAUCCUCCUCAAAAGGGAGAGACCAGAUGAUCACGCAGAUGUAUGACCAUGUCAAAGCCUUCAAGCAAAAGUUCCAGCUGCUUAGCAGACAUCUCUCAAAAGGAAAUUUGGCACAUUUCCCCAGCCUCAGAGAAGUUGGGUUGAUGGAGGAAGACACACCAAAAUACCUCAACAUUCUCAACAAUCUUGAGGUGGAGUUCGACCAUCGCUUUGAAGAUUUUCGUGGAAAUACAACAGCAUUUGAGCUGUUUGCUCAACCUUUUUCUGUGAAUGUGGAUGCAGUCAGUGAGGAGCUUCAAAUGGAACUUUUGGAACUUCAGUCUGAUUCAGACCUCCAUAGCAGGUUCAGAGAGCUUUCCUUACAAGAUUUUUACAGGUCUAUUCCCGCACACAGAUAUGGCAAGAUACGCAAACAUGCCCAGGUUAUGUUAUCCCUCUUUGGAAGUACUUAUGUCUGUGAGCAGGCUUUCAGCCUUAUGAAUCUUAACAAGUCCAAACUGAGGAAUGCUUUAUCUGACUCUCACCUACAUGACAUUCUCACUUUGUCAGUUAGUCAGCUUGAACCUGAUAUUGAGAGGCUUUUAAAAACCAAGAACAGGCUUCAUGUUUCCCACUGAUUGGACUACUACAGGCAGAAUAUGUAGGCCUGCCCUAGGCCCCCAUUGUGUCACCUGGGAGUAUGGUAGGCCCAAGGACUGGUAAUGUUCCACACCUGUCCACAAAUAUUUCAUAGUGCUUCAGUUAUUUUUUUAAUUUAAAGAAGCCAGAUCGAUGUUAUGAAAUGUUAUUGACCUAAAUGUGAAACACAGUAAACAGUGCAAUUCAUUUUUCAAAAUGACUUUGUGAUAUAGUGUUUAUUUUGCACACGUAUGCUUAACUUACACACGUAAUGUACUGCACUCAUAUAUUUACCGUACACUUAAUGUACUGCAAAAUGAUCAUUUUGGCCCUCGGCCCUCCCCUCACGUUCAAUUUUGGCCCUCUAUCGGGAAGUAUUUGGGCACCCCUGCUCUAAGAGAACCCUCUUCAGGUUUUACAACAAGGCGUUUGCAUGUGAUUACACUCUCAAGAACAAUACGUGGUGUUUCUUAUUGUUGCUUGGAUUAAAUAUUUAACAAUCAGUGCCUGUUUCAUACAGUGUGCCUAUAGAGCGCCACAGGGAUCACGUAUUUUUGUAGACCGACCUGGAAGUAAGCUGCGCAUGGGUUCCCUCGACAAAAAAGCAAAGCAAUUUCUCCAUAGGAUUUUGGAAUAUUGUAAAAAAUAAGAUCAGUGGAAAACAAACCUGUUUGAUAAAUGCAAAAAAAAAUUCAGCCGGUUAAUCUCCACAUGUCUACCCUACUUUUAUAAUAUUUGAAGCAUAAAUAUAAUCGCCAGAAGCGAAAUGCUAACGUUAUGCUAUAAACAAACUAAAUAUGAGUACAGCAGGGUCGCAGGACUUCAACGUCACGCCAACUUAAGAUCGUUCCAACUGACUUUCGUGUGCUUGCAUAUUUCAACUGCUGAUGUAUUUAAUGUCAUAGAAGAAAACGUGGUCCGUCUCUUAAACUUGUGUCAACCACAGACCUUAUUUCGAGCUAUUUUCCAAAAUCCUAUGGAGAAAUCCCAUUGACUCUGAGACGAAGCAACCGGGAUUUGUAAAAUGCUAACUCACUUCAGGGUUUUAGGACUCAUUCCUGCUCCACUGUAUUCUAGGAGGCUUCAAUUCUAAUGCAUUGAUUUCUUCAAACACAAGGAGCACUGCUGUCAAUCUACAAUCCUUUGAUUCUGACCAAUAAUAUUUUGAGCAUUAAAUGCAUUCACACAUUCAA